AUGGCGGCCGUGGAUAAAUUAGAUAUGAGUCUUGAUGAUAUUAUAAAGUUGGACAAAAAGAAAGGUGGUGGAACUGGAAGGAGACGCGGCGGAGGAGGCCGUGGUGGUAAUGCCGGUCGCUCUCGAGGCGCUGGUAAUCGAGGCCGGUCUUCUCGUGGCGGUACUGGUGGAUUUGGAUUUAGAAAUCGUGGCGGCAUACAAAAAAGAAGAGGAUCUAACAGACCCACACCUUACGUUAGGCCCAAAGAGCUCCCAGAUGUCUGGCAACAUGAUCUUUUUGAUGGUGGUACCACUGGGCCAAUAAAACGUGUCAUCGGGGGCAGAGUAAGCACAGCUGGCCAGGGCAAAUUGCUCAUAUCAAAUUUGGACUUUGGUGUAAAUGAUUCAGACAUACAGGAACUUUUUGCAGAAUUUGGUCCUUUAAAAAAAGCAGCAGUUCAUUAUGACAGAUCUGGUCGAUCUUUGGGUACUGCAGAAGUUAUUUAUGAAAGAAGAACUGAUGCUAUCAAAGCAAUGAAACAAUACAACAAUGUUCCUUUGGAUGGUCGAGCAAUGAACAUUCAAUUAGUUGGUGCUGCAGCAACUGAUGGAACAAAUAGACUUGGUAUUAGUGGCCUCUCAAAUCGGAGAGCAGCAUAUGGUGGUGGUGGUGGUGGUGUGAAUGUAGGUGGUGGCAACAGUGGUGGCAACAGAGGGCGUGGCAGGGGACGAGGGGGUAGAGGCCGUGGUGGUGGUGGCAGUGGUGGACAGACUAGAAAAACCCCUACGGCUGAAGAAUUGGAUGCACAACUUGAUGCAUACAAUGCAAGAAUGGAUACCAACUGA